AGUUUGCGUAAAUAUUGAAUUCAAGUUGCUCAAUUUAGAGAAUAUAAUUAGUAUAAAUAUGAAUCAUUUAUUGAAAUCACAGAUUCAUGAGAAUUUCAGGUUAGCAUUGCCCGAGGGCUUAAAAGAUUUGAUGAGUGAUAUUUCCAGGGAAGUCCUUCGAGCACAACCUCAAGACUUGUACCAAUUUAUCACCAAAUAUAUUGAAGCACUAUUAGAAGCGCGUGAGACGUUAACCAUUGCUUGUCAAGUAUGCACCGAUGUAUGUAAUUGUAGAUGUGACCCUAUUAUACCAGAGUUGUAUAAGGAACUGAGGAAAACUGGUCUGGAUGAUGAGGAUCUUAAAAACGCCGUUCAAGUUAUAGAAAACCAUUUGAGGGGUGAUCAGGACGUAAACGAGUCAGUGAAGGAACAGAGUUUGUUAUCGAAAUUGUUAAGGAAAACCAGCAUUGAUGCAACUCAAGUACCUGCAGUACAGCUGGCAGUUCAGAAAGCGUUCAAAAGACACAUCUUAAGUCACGAUGAUCUGAUGAGUGUAAAUCUAGUCGGUGUUAAGGUCGAUACGGUGUGCGAGGGCCGUAAGAGUGCGUGA